AUGCUUCCUCGAGGUUGGCUGUCUACAGUCAAACCACACACACGAAAUAUACCAAAGUAUCGUAAUACAAGCUGCCCGACAUUGACGUCACAUGAGAUCAUGAGAGGGGCAAGCACAAUGGCGACUCCAAACCGCAUACACAUUGCCCCCGAAAAUACGGGCCUCCUAAAGAUCUCGCAGAAUGCAGAUGCGGCCAAGACUGUAACUGAACUUCUACAGAAGGACCUUGAGGAGCACCACGUCUUCUUCAACAAAGAAGGCUUUCACAACCAUAUCGUUCACCACCUGCUCUCCCUAUAUGGAACCUCGGCCGGCCCUUCAUCCCUACAAAAGGCAUGGGAUGGCAACGCAUCGUAUCAGCGGCCGGUGCAGCCCACGCACGCCAGCGCAACCCCGACGCAGCUCGCUGACUGGGCCACGGCCAAGCAGCACCUGGGAAAGGAGCAGUAUUACCCCGACUUCCUGGCCUUCUUCCAGCGCGAGAUCGAGAAGUCGAGCGUGGCGGACGUGUUGAAUCGGUACGUGUUUGCCGAGGGCGACGAGCGGGCCGACGACAUGCUCAUCCGCCUCUUUGGCGGCUUCGUCCACCCGCUCAUCCAGCUCAUGUACGGCAUCGAGUGGGACCAGCCCGUCAUCGUCGCCGAGGCCCUGGCCCAGGCCUGCGUGCACAAGGAUGACCUGUGCACUUUCAUGCUCGGCGCCGAGCGGCUCUCGAGGGAACGGCAGCAGCAGCAGCAGCAGCAGCAGGCCGAUCACGAGAUGGGCUCCAUCCUGUCCCUGUACGAGGCCAUCCCCCGCGAUGAAAAGAUCAGCUCGGCCGCCAGGGAGGAGGACGCCAACAAGAUGCGCGACGGCGUCCUGACCCGCGCCGGCGAUGAGAUGGCCGCCCUGGCCGCGCGAGUCCAUGUCAGGCCCGAGGAGCUGCACGAGCGUACCGUCGAGAUGUUCAACGCCGCCAUGUACGUUGCCGCGGGCGCCGCUGUCGCCAGGCCUGGGAAGCAUGCCAAGUUUGAUUUCUUCCUCAUACACCAUGUCAACGUGGCCCCGAUCCUGCUCUCCAUCAACGCCGCGUCCUGGAUCCCCACGGCCGCCAAGGUCCGGCUGCUCGAGUGGAAGAUCCGGAUCGACCUGGUCCAGUACGCCGCACGCGCCGUGCCGUCAUUGUCCCUGGAGCGGAUCGCGGCCUACAGGCCAAAGCCCAAGGACGACAAAUUCACCAAUGCUGCUGCGUCGGGCGACAGCAGCAAUAUCGUCGACCUCGUGAGCCGGCUGCACGACCUCGACGACGAUGGUCACGCCAUAAAGCUCGUCCGCGCGGCUGCCGUCUGCCAGCAGGUCUCGCGGCCUCUGGAGGAUAAGCUGGGAGACAGGCUGCCGCUGAGGGGCAAGGAGAUUUGGAACAAGGUCCACCACCUGAUUGCUGAUGCCGCCGAGGGACCUGGUCCGCGGUGGGUGAGAACCACCGGGAUGGAGUCGGCCUGGAAGGAUGUCCCGGAUGCGCCCAAGUUGUAG